AGUUUUCGAGAAAAGGAAAGAUGAGUUUUAAUGUUGGGAAGUCGAGAUCCGCAAUGGCUCGCAGCACGAAGUCGAAGGCUUUCAAUUUAGACGCGGACAGUGAUGACGAUGAUCUUCUCGCGUCCAGUCAAGAAGCUAAAUCUCAAAUGUCAUUUUUGUCCAAAACUUCCGUUUCUGCGAAAUCUCCCUAUUUCGCAUUCCUCGAAGGCUGUGGAAUACUUUUGAAAUCCGGAAAAGGCAAAGACGUUCUGACCACCUAUGCGACAAAUGCACUGAUGCUUCUGGAAGAUGGACUGCGUAAGGAGACGUCGCAAUAUCGACAGGGUUUCGAAAAAUUCGUUUCGGAUUAUUUCAGCCAUAAAGACUGCCUCAAGUUGUCUUUGAUGCUGUUCGAGUUUCAUCCAGGAGAUCCAGCAAUGCAUGACACUUCUCUUGGAUUCGCGCGUCUGUUGCUGACCGUUUCUUCGAUCCAGUCUCAAAUUUUUCAUUUGCUCUUGGAUAAAGCCAUCAAAUUGGGCGACGAAUCGCAGAAGAUGAGAGACGGCGUUAACUGGAUUCAGUUGAUACUUGCUCGGAUAGGAAAUAUACCUGAGCUUGUGAACUCGGAUGAAAUUUGCGAUAAACUUCUAGGGUUGCUGGGAACCCAGCCUGUUUCAACUAUGAAAAUUAUCAUUUCGCAUUUGGCUGGGAUUUUAGGCGAAGCCCAACACGAGAGGGUUGCAGAAAAACUCAUGGAAAUUCGGGAACGUGAAAUUGAGCUUACGCCGGUCAUCCUGGAUGCCCUGUCUAACCUUUGUCUCGACUCAGAAACCAGCCAACGUCUGAAAUCACGUCUUGUCUCUUCAGUCGCAUCUGCAAACCCCGCUGUUCUUCCAGAACUUGUCUUCUUCCUCCUCGAUGGUCUCACUGCCGAAGAAAUCAAGACCAUGGUUCCGAAGAUCCGAGAUCGACUGCACAUCUAUCAAGAAUCCGCGGAGAGCACCUCGACAGGCGAUACUCACAUGUCUUUGCUUAUGUACAGACUCGGAUCCUUGUUAGAAGACAGAAAUAUUGCAAGGAUAUGGAAAUCUACUAUGGAGAAAUCGAAUGCAUGGCGAUCUAGUGAUCUGGUGGUGCUCUUGAUACUUAUGAGAGUCGACUCCUGGACGUGCAAAUUGGCGCUGAAUUUCGCGAAGAAUAAGAUCACUGCCGGGAUCUUUGACGUGAAAGCUGUGGAUGUAGUUAUUGAUAAUGCCCCUGAAGUUUUGGGAGUUUACAUGAAGCAGUACCUGGAGUUGGCCCGCGGUUUGCUACAGAUUGGAGAUCCGGCAUGUGUAGCCUUGGGACGUCAUAUGCAUCAGAAAGCCUUUGUGGGACUCAAGCCAAGAUUUCGUCAAGAUGUGAUGAUGUCACUCACUGGCUUAAUCAGUUCUUCUGCCACCCAGAGCAAUGGUCGACCGCCUCCUGCUUUGGAGGCUUUGGCGUAUCUGGUUCGCUAUCAUCCGAAUUUGGUUGCUGAUCACGCCCACAAACUCACGAAUUUCUUGGAAUGGGUCAACAGCCGCCCGGUACCCCAAGUCCGAAUGAUGCUUGACGUGUACUGCACGAUAGCCUGCUUUUCCCUUCCGGAUGGAUCUCCUUAUUCCGGGACGUGCCAGAAAAUGCGUUCUGAAAUGCUCAUGGUGAUCAGGAAGCGUCUGGGAAGAAUGUCAACCAAGUUGGAAAAAGUGGGGGUCAUUGCCGCAGCCAUGUUGCUGAAAGCUCUGGCGAAUCAAAGGCAGCAAGACACGGUCGCUCAGGUGGGAUCCGGAUUGCAGGAUAGUGGUGAUACGCGAGACUCUGAGGCCACGGAAGAAAUCAUCAAGAGAGAUCCGGGAUUCGAAGAGAUUAGCUCUCUUUUGCAUUUGACCCAAAGAGCAACUGAGAGACACCCGAUAGCUCUCGCACUACUAUACGAUCAGUUUUCCGAUGUUCUUGGCUCCGGAGUUCUGGCGUCCGGCGCCACUAUCCAGGAUUAUUUUUAUCAGCGUACUUAUCGACAGUUUUCGAAGGACACGUACGUUGAAGAUCAAACCAACCUUCAAAAAUUUACCGCGAGUGACUCGUACGAUAUGCGAGUCCUGUUCGAGCUCGACGAUGCGUCGACCAGCGUUACACCGGGAGAUAAAAUAUUCUUGAACAUCGGUGGCCUGUUGUUGCAAGAUGCGAAAAGCAACCCACGUCCAAAUGUCCAGCGAGUCAUGUCGGAUUUAUACGCUUUGCUACCAAAGUUUCGAAUGCUGGUGGCGUGUGUCACAAACCGCGGAAAGGAUUUGGAAAGCAUUUUUUCUCUCCUUGAAAUCGGGAUCUUGGUUCCCACCAUUAUUUUGGGGAAAAGUCCGGCUACGGGUGUCGUUAACUGGGACUGGGAUUGGGAGUCGCUGGACCAGAUUGCGCAGAAGAACGUGUUGCGCACAUAUUUUUACGUUGCGAAUUGGUUCAUCGAAAUCAUUUCCGCAUUUGCGGCGGAAAUCCGACAAGACGACCCGGAACUAUUGUAUCUCGUGUUGAACCGACUCCGACAGCUCAUCUACGUGCGUCGAUUUCUCUCUCGCGUUUUGGCCGAAUGUGUCGGCGUGGAUUUUGUUCCACCACCGGCGAGAUUCGAAGUGGACCAUCCGAAAAGUUUGAUAAUCGGUGGCCCUCCAAGUGGGACAUCCGGCACAGGUGCCAAACGCGGAAGGAAGCGAAAAGCGGCUGUCAUCAACGAAGCUGAGCAAAGCUUGGUGAGAGGAACUCAAGAAAGUUGCGAACCAGCGACGCCUAGAACUCAGCUGCAAGAAACCACCUCGCCUGAGAAAGCAGGCUACGAUGCGAGUUGUAAAAACUUGACCCAAUUCAACAUCUACUUCCGCGAAUUGGGCUUUCCGGCGUUCAAAAUAUUUCAAGCGAAUCUCGACCUUCGCUUGGAAUUUGAAAACUGCGCACAUCUGGAAAAAAUCCCAGAGAUGCCUCCGGGGGAAAUGCCAUGCUUGGGUCUCGAAGAAGCUGAAUAUUUGCUUACGGAUUUAAGCGAGAAAUUGGACUUCGUAUUCGGAUCCACGCACAAGAAACACUUCGGGCGUCCUGCCGCUGAAGAUUCCUUGGCUGCAGUACUGCAUUCCAAUUUGUCGCUUGCCAAAAUUAAAGAUGUUGCCACCAUGACUUGCGGGAUUCUUGGAUUCCUUGCGGGGUAUUUGAAGGUGCUCUGUCAGCAUUUCAUGGAGAUCAUAUCGGCUCGUGAUGGAAUCGAAGACUCGAUGGAGAUGUUCAGUCCGAAAUCCCGCGUUGUCAGUCGGGUAAUGAACCUCAUUUUGCGUUGUUGUAGGGCCUAUUUUUCCUGGCCUGCUUUCAAUCGACCCGAGGAGCAAAAGCUCCUGGAAGAAAGCUUGAGAGCCAUCUGCGGAUCCUUUCAUUCUGAUGAAGUGUCGAAUUCGCAAGUACCCAUGUUGAGUUUGGCGACGAUUGCUUUUGAAUCUAUGCAAGCUUUGAGCGAAUACGCUCCUGACCUAGAAACUGCUGUCGAGCUGCUUCUGUUCCUGGAAACUAUCGCAAAUGUGUCAAAAGUUGAUCGAAAUGUGGAAGAGUUUCCAAGAUCCCAGGCUCUCGGAACUCAACAGCUACGCAGAUCUCACGCGAAGGUCAUUCCACUCGAACGCGCCGAAAAACUGAUCGAGUGCGCUGAGUUGUAUUUGAAACGCCCGUGGAUGGAGAAGUUUAAACCUGGUGACUGCGUAAGAGUCGGUCAGAUUCUGACGCUUUAUGUCGCUCAUUUGUCUCGUUUGGACGACAUUUGGGUUCGCAUGAAAUUCCUGGACAUGCUUGUUUCUGGGUCUUUCGGCAAGGCUUUGGAGAAAAUUGACGACGACCCGGAUUACCGAGAUGCCCGCUUUCCUACUCUUAACAACGAGUCCCCGCGUAACGAAAAAUUCGUAUGGGUCGAGUGCGCUGAGUUGUAUUUGAAACGCCCGUGGAUGGAGAAGUUUAAACCUGGUGACUGCGUAAGAGUCGGUCAGAUUCUGACGCUUUAUGUCGCUCAUUUGUCUCGUUUGGACGACAUUUGGGUUCGCAUGAAAUUCCUGGACAUGCUUGUUUCUGGGUCUUUCGGCAAGGCUUUGGAGAAAAUUGACGACGACCCGGAUUACCGAGAUGCCCGCUUUCCUACUCUUAACAAACAAACACUUGCGGUAUUUCACAAAGCAGCCUUGAUUGGAGUGUUGGCUGUUGCCAAGGACAUCAGUUUCGCAAUAGAUAUUGACACUCAGGUGUCGCCUUCAAAGCACGUAGAUUCCGACGACGAUUGGUGUCGACGUUCGCGGGAUUCCGAGCCGAUGAACCAGCUGCGCUUGUGGCAAAAGGCGCUCGACAUGCUGGAAGUCCUUUGUCGCAAAACUCUGGAGCGAUAUUCGAAUAAAACAUUUUUCUUGCAAGCCGUUAGGUUUGGUGGCAGUUUCCUGACGGAACUGUCCCGAUCAGGAUUCCCGGUCAUGCAAGGAUUAUUUUCCUCGCACCGUGAAGAGGUUUUAUCACUGAUCUCCUCAAUCCAGAAAAAUCACACCCGCUUCUUUCAACACGUUUGUUCGCAAACAAAGAAAGCGAAGGAUGUUGGGAUAGGGAAAUUCAUUCCCACGCUGAGGAAGAGUCUGGAAACUUUCUUGUUCCGGGUGAAGGGAAUGCUGGUGGCCAAUAACUGUGCCGCAGCUUUCAUAAUCGGAAAUUUGAAGCACAAGGAUGUUCACGGUCACGUCCUGGCAUCACAGAUGGAUUCCGAAGACGAAGAAUCAUGCGAUGAAAUGGUUGAAGAAGAGCCAGUGGAAGAAAAUGAAGAUGAGGAACCAAUGGAAGUUGGAAGUGACGAUGAAGCUGGUGAUGAUUGAAAUAUGUGAUUUUGCUAUUUUCCGCCUACAUGUCCUCUUUCUUUUGAAGUUUUAUAAGCAAGGCUUUUAUUUUUCAUAUUCGCGCGUGGAACGAAUCAUUACUUGAUAUGAGCUGCGUUCAUUUCUCAAGAAG